AGAAGUGAAUCCUUCAAGGCUUCAAUGGCGGCACUUAGCUUUUGCAGCUCUUCUCCUCCUCGAAUUCUUCAUAAACAAUCCAAAUCGAGUUUUUUCCCUUCUUCUGCCUCUUCUUCUUUCACACAAACCGUCGGAGAAUUAUUUGCGAACCCCUUCUCUGUCUCAAGACGAUUUCGUGGCGCCGUUAACUCCACCGUAGUUUCCGAUGAAUCGGGAAACGCGAAACUUCCAUCUUCUCCGGCGAAGAAGCUAAGGAAUAUUAUGCAAUCCCCUGGUGUUCUUCAGGGUCCAUGUUGCUUCGAUGCUCUUAGUGCCAAACUCAUCGAACGAGCUGGGUUUCCUUACUGUAUCACCUCUGGGUUCUCGAUUUCAGCGUCUCGGCUUGGUUUACCGGAUAAGGGUCUAAUUUCUUAUGGAGAAAUGGUUGAUCAAGGUCAACAAAUUACUCAAUCUGUAUCAAUUCCGGUGAUUGGAGACGGUGGCAAUGGAUACGGUAAUGCCAUGAAUGUUAAGAGAACCGUCAAAGGAUAUAUUAAAGCUGGCUUUGCAGGAAUUAUCAUCAAUGAUGAAGUUUGUUGUGAAAAUACUAAGAGUGAGAGAAGAGUGGUUUCUAGAGAGGAAGCAGUGAUGCGUGUUAAAGCUGCGGUUGAUGCACGUAGAGAGUGUGAUUCGGACAUUGUAAUUGUAGCUCAAACUGAUUCCCGUGAAGCGAUAUCUCUGGAGGAAUCACUCAUUAGGGCAAGAGCUUUUACAGAUGCUGGAGCUGAUGUUCUCUCCGUUGAUUCUCUUGUUUCUAGAGAAGAGAUGAAAGCAUUCUGCAAUGUCUAUCCACUAGUUCCUAAAUUGGCUAAUAUGCUUGAAAGCGGAGGAAAAAUUCCAAUUCUAAACCCGCUGGAGCUAGAAGAGAUUGGAUAUAAGCUAGUGGCGUAUCCAAUUUCAUUGAUUGGAGUAUCUAUUCAAGCAAUGCAGGACGCUCUAUUGGCAAUCAAGGGUGGGCGAAUUCCUCCACCAGGAAGCAUGGCGUCUUUAGAAGAAAUUGGAGAGAUUCUUGGUUUUGACACUUACGAGGAAGAAGAGAAGCGGUACGCUACCUCGUCAUCAGAUAGAGAAGUGAGCAGCAGUAGCGUCUAUCGUAAUCAACGGGUGGCUAAAGAUGAUCCAGAACAGAGAGAGGACCUGAUUGUUGAAGUCAUAACACCUGAGGUUUAUAAUGAACCAAGAAACCCCUUUUCGCGGAUCUGGUCACGAUCUUUGAGGAUCAAAAUCAUCGGACGCGAUGGGUUUGAGAAACUCGAUGUCAGAAUUCCGGUAAGUCCACUUUCGAGGGCCAUUUUUCGUGUUUUAUCUGAGCUGAUGCAAAACUUGUCUUAUGGUUGGAACAGGCCGGAUUCUUGGAAGGUGUCACAAACAUUGUUCCAGCUUUAGGAGGCGUGAACUUGAAGCAAUUGAUGGACGAUGCAGCAGAUGAGGUCGGAGGGAAAAUUUUGUUAGAUUUUAAAGACACUGCAGGUGACAGAAUCCAAGUCUUUCUAGAAUGACACACACCUAGUGAAGAAAAAGUAAAUACAGCCGGGAAACAUUUAAAAAGAGAAUACAAAAAUGUAAAGAUUUUAUUUGUUCCGUGAAUGAGAAAUGUAUUACACAUCUUCAAAAUAAAGAAAUAGAAGUGAAUGUGUAUAUAUCAAAUUAUAUGCAUAUAACAAAAAAAGGGCAGACCCGAGCAAGGUUUGCCACUCUCACACUGGUACAAAUUUCACAAC